GCAUUAAUCUCAUUCAUUGAUGAUGUUAAGCGUCCUCUGUGGACGGGCAUUGCCAUAUCAUUCUCGAUGUUUAUUGUUGCACUUGUGCAAUCCAUGAUUUUGCAUCAGUACUUCCACAAAAUGUUUAUGUUGGGCGUCGAUAUACGUUCUGUGCUAACGAACGCCGUUUUCAUGAAGGUAUACUGGGAUGACAGUGUAUUCUUGUCCGGAAUAAAACAAGGCUUUUCGUACAAUGCACUGCUUUACAAUUAUGUUUAUUUUGAAAAUGAACUAGAUUUUCCAGGCAUAUUUUAUCCGUUCGCAUUAGCAUUGUCAAAUGCGGCUCGGAAAGAUCGCACCGUUGGCGAAAUUGUAAAUUUGAUGUCUGUAGAUAUACAGCGUUUUCAGGACAUAACUAGCUACAUGAUGCUGUUUUGGUCUGCUCCAUUCCAGAUUAUUUUGGCAAUCUAUUUUUUAUGGCGACUACUUGGGGUAGCAGUUAUUGCUGGUCUUACUGUGCUUUUUGCAACAAUCCCAUUCACUUCUUGGAUCUCAAUUCGAAUGAAACGUUGUCAGGUUGGUUUAUUACUGUAA